AUUUUUUUUGGUAAUAGUCCGCGGGUUAACCGUUUAACCCGCGGGCUUAUGUGGACCGGACUCGGGCUUAAUAUUAUAACUCGUUUAUAUUUGCCGACGGGCUUGUUCGCCCCGUUUAAUAUGCGGAUUUAUGCGGGGCGGGUUAAACGGGGCGGGCUAGCCCGCAUACCCAGCUCUACUUCUAAGUGAGAGAACUCAUAAACCUAAUGCUUUAAGAUUUUCGAUAAAAAUGUGGUAUCUAACUCAUUUGUAUUGUUGUUCUGGGCCCAAAGUGGAUGAUCCCCCGACUGUCCCCUUGUGACGCAACAAUAGUGUCAUAGUUGAUGGUUCAACGAAGGGUUCGACCGACUCAUUGUACUUAUUCCCACUAAUAAAGUUGCAUGGAACUUCAUGCCAUGAUUUUUUUUCAGUAUAAAAGUACUCCAAAUAUGUAGCAAACUCAUCAUGACACAAAAAUAAGAUAGCUAAACAUGGUAUCUAUCUCAUCCUCACCUCUCUCACUUAUGUCCUUCAAUGUAUCUUUCAAUUUCAAUACCUCAUCCUCUUUACUAUAUCCAUUUUCCCAAAAACAACAUCAACCCUCUAAAAAUAAAAAACCAAAGCACCAUAAAAUAGCAUGCACUUCCAAUGAUACUAACCAAAAUAGCCCUAAAGAACAAGAACAAAAACCAUCACCUAGUAACAUUGUAGGACAUAGAAGAAAUGUUCUAAUAGGUCUAGGAGGACUUUAUGGUGCUACCACUCUCACAAACAACAACUCUUUAGCCUUUGCAGAUCCAGUGCCAAUUCCAGAUCUCACCAAAUGUGUAAUUCCACCAACAGGUUUACCUAAUAAUAUAACUCCAUUCAGUUGUUGUCCACCAAUUUCCUCAAAUUUAAAAAUCAUAGAUUUUGAGUUCCCUACUUUUAAAAAAUUAAGGGUAAGACGAGCUGCACAUUUAAAUGAUAGUAUUAGUAUUGAUAAUUUUGCAAAAUACGAUAAAGCCCUUAAUCUCAUGAAAGCCCUGCCAGAUGAUGAUCCAAGAAGUUUUGUCCAACAAGCUAAAGUUCAUUGUGCUUAUUGUGUUGGUGGUUAUACACAAAAAGGUUACCCUAACACUGAACUACAAGUUCAUUUUUCUUGGUUAUUUUUGCCUUUCCAUCGUUGGUAUCUUUAUUUUUAUGAGAGAAUCUUAGGUAGUUUAAUCAAUGACCCUACUUUUGCCAUACCCUUUUGGAAUUGGGAUGCUCCUGAUGGCAUGACAGCUCCUUCCAUUUUUACAGAUCCAAAUUCUUCCCUUUUUGACCCUAAAAGAAAUCCCAAACAUGUACCACCUAAAAACACAUUUAGCAACUAUCGAGACACAAUCGUUGACCUAAACUAUAACAAAGAUUUUGAUGUCCCUGGUAACAUAAAUCCACGACCAGAAGUAAGAAUCAAUGAAAACCUUACCUGGAUGUAUAAACAAAUGAUCUGCCACGCAAAGACCUAUAGACAAUUUCUUGGAAGCCGUUAUCGUGGCGGUGAAGAACCUCUGCAAAAUAAUUGUGCCGGCUCAAUAGAAAGUCUUCAUAAUCAUCAUCAUGUAUGGGUUGGUGAUCGAAGACAGCCUAAUGGAGAGGACAUGGGACAUUUCUAUUCCUCAGGAAGAGAUCCACUUUUUUACGCUCACCAUGCAAAUGUGGAUAGGAUGUGGUCUGUUUGGCAAACAUUACGUGGAAAAAGAAAGGAUUGCACUGAAAAUGAUUGGCUAGAGUCUUCAUUUCUCUUUUAUGAUGAGAAUAAGAAUCUUGUUAAAGUCAAAGUAAAGGAUAGUGUUGAUGACAGAAAGCUAGGUUAUGUUUAUCAAAAUCUUGAAAUUCCUUGGAUAAACCAUAAACCUAAACCUAGUAAAAGAGUUCAGUCUAAGGAUAAUAAGUUAUUAGCACAACGUCCUUUGAGAAAAUUUGUUGAUAAGUUUCCUAUUGUUUUGGAUUCGGCUGUGAGUAUUAUCGUGAAGAGGCCAAAGAAGUCAAGGAGUUUGAAGCAGAAGGAAGUUGAAGAGGAGAUUUUGGUGAUAGAUGGGAUUGAGUUUGAUGACAACAUUGGAGUGAUGUUUGAUGUUUUGGUGAAUGAUGAUGAUGAUAAGGUCAUUGGAGUUGAAAAUUCCGAGUUUCCUGGAUCCUUUUUGAGUUUGCCACAUGGACAUAAUCACGGAAACAACAAGAAGAAGGAGAAGAAGAAAACUUGUUUUACACUUGGAUUAACCGAUUUGUUGGAGGAUUUGAAAGCUGAUGAUGACGAUAGUAUUGUGGUUACAUUGAUUCCUAGAUAUGGGGAUGGUGUCAAAAUCAGUGGCAUCGAGAUAGACUUUGAAUAAUGAAAAAAUUGCAACCAAACCAACCAAUAAAUGUGGUUGAUCCUCUUGUUCUCUUUUUCUGAAAGUAUUAUUCUUCUCGUGGUGGUGCUUACGAGGGAUUGUAGUUUAUUGAUAGUGUGCCUCAUUUUCCUUUGUGGUUUUUUUGCUUGUUGGUUUUUCUAUCUUUCGUUAGAGUUUAUUAAAUUAUGGUGGUGCGUA